AUGACUGGUUACAAUGACUUCCCUUCCACCAUUUGCUUCACCGGGGAAUUACAUGAUGAAGAUGACCGUUUAUUGGAGUCUAUUUUGCCAGCUUUUCUUUUUUCUACCAUCUCUUUCGUCACAGAAAGGACUACUUUUAUAUUGGCUCUUACAUUUAUCGAGGUUCAAUUAAAUCACAUAUCACGCAAUAAGGGCCAAAAAUUAUUUUUUUCGAUCGGUUCAAAUUUCAAGUUUGAUAUAAAGGAAGCUGUUAUUGCAGAGGUAAAAGAAUUUCUAACUCCACCACCAGCUAUGAUCUCGUGCAUGGACGCGGUUGAUUAUGAGGACCCUUUUGGUUUUGAAGAUUAUUUUCCUUCAAUGAUUGACACAUUGGGGGUUGAAAGAUUCAUGGAAGAACUAUGCAAUGGUUUUUCCAUGCUAAUGGAUGUAAGUAUAGGGCUCAUCACAUUUGAAAGCUUGAAAAGGAACACAAUCUUGAUGGGAUUAAGUGAAUUGAAAGAUGAAGAACUUCUUUGCAUGUUGAUUGAAGGAGAUUUGGAUGGAGAUGGAGCUCUCAAUCAAAUGGAGUUUUGUUCACUCAUGUUUAGAUUAAGUCCUGGAUUAGUCGAGUUAUGAAAUUCUCUCACCUACUUUCGUUUUACAAGUCAGAUUUAAUUUUUAAGAUUUGUAUAACAUGACUAGGAGACUUAUUAAUUUAUAAUGCUAAUUCCUAGCUAUGUUUUUUUUCUUAUUUUAUUUUUCUCUACUAGUAAAUAAGGAGCAUGUACUUAUUGCUCCGUCUUGUAUCGGAGUGAUUUCUAAUAAGUGUGUAAUAAUAUGUGAAAAUUCUUUUUGAUAAUAAGUAAGCGUUUUAAAAUUUAAA